AUGAUGAUGAUGGAAUGCGGGGAGGCCCCAGCACACUACGCUUUUGAUUACGGCGUGUCUGACCACAAAACUGGUGAUAACAAACAACAACAUGAAGUCCGAGAUGGAGACGUUGUCAAAGGAGAAUACUCUUUGCACGAACCCGACGGUACCAUCCGUACCGUCAAAUACACCGCUGAUAAACACAACGGUUUCAACGCUGUAGUACUUAGACAAGGUCAUGCAGUUCAUCCACAGUUAUUAUUGUCUUGUCUGGCACUUACUGCCUGUGUAGCAUAUCCUGGUGGGGUUUCCUACGUGAGUGGAGGCCUAGGACAUGGAUUAGGAUUGGGAUUGGGAUUAGGAUUAGGUGGUUAUCAUGGAGGACUAGCACCAGGAUAUGCUUCNUACGCCCCAGCACACUACGCUUUUGAUUACGGCGUGUCUGACCACAAAACUGGUGAUAACAAACAACAACAUGAAGUCCGAGAUGGAGAUGUUGUCAAAGGAGAAUACUCUUUACACGAACCCGAUGGUACCAUACGUACGGUAAAAUACACCGCUGAUAAGCACAACGGUUUCAACGCUGUGGUACUUAGACAAGGUCAUGCAGUUCAUCCACAUGUCAUAGCGCAUCAUGGUCACCACGGUUACUAAACUAAAUAAAGAGUAGGUAUUAACGAAUAUAGAAAAUUUUUAUUGAUCUUAUUGAUUCUAUUCUUUUGUUUAUAUUAUAUAAAUAUUGU